UUUUAAAACAGGAAAGAAAAACAGGAAUCUUGAUAUUUCCGACAGCACAUAAAGCACCACCCUACACACUUCAGUCAACCAGACGGUGAAACCACUGAAGGAAUCCAAAAGUUACCAAGUUCACAUACCGUAAAGAAGGAGGAGUAACGAGCUCGUUUUUUUUUUAAACAAGGAGGGUUAACUGCCGCAGAAUAUCGAGCUCGGCGCCAAAGGGGGAACCUCCAAACAGGACAGCAGCAACAUGGAUGACAUGACUGUGGAGCAGAUCGCCAUUAAGGCCAACCAAGUGACUGACGAGUCACUGGAAAGCACACGCAGGAUGCUGCAGAUGGCAGAGGAGAGCAAACAGACCGGCACCAACACCCUGGUGAUGCUGGACGAGCAAGGAGAGCAGCUGAGGCGUGUGGACGAGGGCAUGGACCAGAUCAACCAGGACAUGAGACAGGCUGAGAAAAACCUGACUGACCUCUCCAAGUGCUGUGGCCUCUGUGUCUGCCCCUGUGACAGGGUGUCGUCGAUCGAGCACGACUCAAAAUACAAGCGUACCUGGGGUCUGAGAGGAGCCGACGGAGAAACUGACUCGAACGGCUCAAAAAUAGUCUCGAGGCAGCCCUCGGGUGUUCGCAACGGCCAGGCCGGCCAGGUGAACGCCUCGGCGCCCUCCGGCCCCUACAUCAAGAGGAUAACCAACGAUGCUCGUGAGGAUGAGAUGGAGGAGAAUCUGGAUGCAGUCGGCAGCAUCAUUGGCAACCUGAAAACGAUGGCUCAGGACAUGGGCACCGAGAUAGACCAGCAGAACAAACACAUUGACAGCAUCGCUGAUAAGGCGGAAAUGAACAGGGCUCGUAUUGAAGAAGCCAACCAGAGAGCCAACAAGCUCAUCAAGUAGACAACGAACCCUUCUUCUGCCAGUUCUAUCCAUCAACCUUGAGCCUCUGUCGCAACACACACACACACACACACACACACACACACACACUGCAUACUUGUGCACAUGCAUCUUUGACAUAAAAAGAAAUUCAGUCAGGAAGAAUCUCUUUGCCAGCACCGUGCUCGCUUUAUACUGCACUAAGAUGUAAAUAUAAUACGCAAACAUUCUAUAUUUUACAAAUUGGCCGCCAUCUUUGACACACGCAUUCAUAGUCAUGCUGGACUUUGAGAAGCAGGAAGGGCAUCAGCACCUGCACCAAAGAGGAAGGGACUGACUGCCUGCCUGCCUGUCACUGCUGGUCGAUACCAAAUAUGUAUAAUAUCUCAACAUUCAGAGGAAGGGAAGUAGCACAGGUCAGCUGCUUGUCUUUCCUAUUGUUUCUUUGUUUAGCCGUUCUCUUAAACGUAUGAACUGUGUCUCUCUGUCUGUGCGAGGUCAUGGAUACAUGCCUAGCUGACCUUUAGUUCGCAUUAAUUAACGUAUCCCCUUCUGUCGGUCCCAUCUUGAUACAGCUACAUCGAGUUUAAUCAUAAAACAUUGACUUUGAAACAAAUGCAUCUUAUUCUAAUGCUUAUUGAUUCAGUGUGUAAUUAGGUUUAUUGUACCAUGUGUGUUUUGAGAUUAUGUGCUUAUUUAAUAAUUCUUUAUCAAGCAGAAAUGACUUGUGAAUAAAGUUGUUCAACACUUUGUUCUCAUGUCAUUUAUGCCGUUUCAGAUGUAAAAGCUAUUUCAUAAGAUAAGAAAUGUUGUGCUUUGGAGUGAGUCACUGCAAAUCCUUUAAUGCUACAAUUCAAAGCACAUAACCCCUGAAUGAGAGCAAUUCAAUAUUAUUUAAGAAGAUGUUCUGACUGAGAAGUCUAGGUUGUUGUAACUAUUGCAAGAAAAUGGUGAGGUGCUGAACUGGUGUUAGAGAUUUAAUAUAUACUAGUAAUCACGUGUCCUUCAAAUGUGAAGAAGGGUCAGUCGGCACCAUGAGGAACAUUAUCAUUAAUUAAGCAUCGAGUAUAUUUCAUAACGCGGGAUAUCUGAAACAUACCGGUAGAUUUCUCAUAAAUGGAUCAAUUCCUGUACUUCAUACUUAGUGUCUCUGGUGAUUUAUCAGCCCGUGUUGAUGAAACAUAUUGUAGCUGUUUAUAUUAAUUGCCCAUAGUCAUUCUUUUAAUCUAAAUUCAUUCUUCUGUCUUCGUCAUCUCCGGGUUAAUAGAGAUUUAUGGCACCCAGGAGGAGAUUUAACAGCCUAUGCAGGGUUCCUAGUAAGUCUGGUAAUAUGUGGAAAAUUGAAUUUCCUCAAGUUUGAUAAUUGCAGUCUUUAAAAGUAUGAAAACAAAUGUUCAGUUGUGAAACACAUUGUUUAAUCCGCUAUCGUUUCUCAUGCACACUAGGUCGUUGUCAUUAUGGCAUAUGCGGCAGUUUUGUCAUAAUGAAAACUUAAAAGGUUACAAAUUUAAGAAAUAAGUCUGGAAAAAAUAUAAUUUAGAAAUGUGAGGCUGCAGGAACCCUGUCGAUGCCUCCCGGAUGAUUCAUGGUUUUGUUGUAACAGCCGUUUGUAUCGCAAACUGCUGUGAAAUCUGGCUACAAGAGGAGCAGAGCUGCAGUAAAAUGAUAAUAUCUAGUGAUGGAAAGCAUCAUUUGUUGUUGCCGAAGCCGUAGCCAGGUGGAGAAAUGACUGCUGGCAGCGAGAUGCUACAGUAUACGCGUAAAUGAAUGUCAAAGAGGCAAAUGUUGACGCGGAAUAUGUCCUGGCAGCCUCUGUUUAGGCCUCACUGUGCAAAUUUGGCAUAUAAUAAAGUAAUACAGAAUGCUGGAAAUAUCUCUUGUAUGCUUAUUUGUUUUGAAGAAAAGUGAUGAUUUGUAUGCUCCGCUGCAGUCGUACACCUAUUGAGUUUGUAAAGAUUGAAAUGAUGUUAUUCAGGGCUUUGUAUUGCUGCAAGUGAUCAUCCUCCGCCUGUUACUUGUCAGCUGAGAUGUAAUUAGUCGAGCCCGAGGCCGACUCGCUGUCUUCAGGCCGUUUAUUCAUUGUUUCACAAACAGCCACUGGAAUGUAAAUCCAACCUUUUUGUUGAUUUUCACGAUGUUCAUAUGCAGCUCGUAUCAUCUGAAAUUAGCUCGGUUAGCAGUUGACUGUUUAACAAAGUGCCUGUUGUUUAACACCUGCCUCUGUUAAGUUGUUUUUAUUCAAUAAAUCUAUUCUGAAAUGAA